AGAACCACGAAGAAGAGAAACACCCAAAACACGGAACAAGCUAACUCGGGCUAGCCGCUAGCCAAUGGAGUAGAAUGAAGAGCUACAAACCGCUGUAUUUCUGGGCUGUUUAACUCAGCUAGGUUGUUUUUGGCUCAGAAUGCUACAAUGAUAAAGUUCUGCGACUAUGUUCAGUAAGUCGUACCAGCUGCUCCCCCAGGGAGACUCUUCCGCUCCAAGGACUCCGGGCUUGUUUGCAAACAGUGAGAGCUCUACGCAGCGCAGCCGCCACAGAGGACUUUCCUUUGACUACAUCCCCAGUGUGUCUGAAAACGACUUCACUGACACCUCCCAAGGAUGGCUCUCUUGGAUCUGCAACCAGAUUGUCAUCUUUCUUGUCUUCCUGGGCACGUUUUUAACCUUUCCUAUAACAGGAUGGUUAGUACUGAAAACGGUGCCCAACUACCAGAGGAUUGUGGUGUUCCGGUUGGGUCGGGUCUGUCCUCCAAAGGGCCCUGGUGUUGUCCUGGUGCUGCCUCUUAUUGACCAGUGGCAGAAAGUUGAUCUCCGCACUCGUGCCUUCAACAUCCCUCCCUGCCAGGUGAAUACUCGAGAUGGUGGGGUUUUGUUAGUGGGGGCUGACAUUCAGUUCAGGAUCUGGAACCCAGUCAUGUCAGUGGUGUCAGUCCAGGACUUGAAUGCUUCCACCAGGAUGACUGCGCAGAAUGCGUUGACCCACAGCUUGUCCAAGAAGACUGUCAGGGAAAUCCAAUCUGAGAGACUGAAACUGGGGGAUUAUCUUGGGGUGGACAUAAAUGAGAUGACUCGGCCCUGGGGACUGGAGGUGGACAGGGUAGAGCUCACUCUGGGCUCACUUUUGAAGGCACCAGUAGAAGACCCCUCUGGACCCCUCAUCAUGCCCCCCUCUGUGACUGGACUGGAAGGCCUUACUGGCCCCAUUCAGCAGUUGGCCAUGCACUUUCUGAGCCACAAUGGCAAUUCCAAAUCUCAACAAGAGGACAGCAUCACUUUUACAGAUGAGCUCUGCAGUGAACCUACAUUGGCUGUGACCACACCAUGCUCUGUUGAUGAGCUGCUUGAAAGGGUCAAGCUUGUGCUUUCUGAAAUGUUGGUUCACCAGAUCAAGGCCUGUUUCCAGUUUAACAUCAGCUCAGGGGAUGGACAGCACCAUAGUUACUAUGUGGAUUUAAGACAAGGCAGUGGCACCGCUGGAGCAGGGCCCCUCUGUCAGCCUGAUGUGACACUGAGCAUGAGUGAAGGCGACCUUCUGGCCAUGUUUCAGGGUGAACUUCGUCCAUUCGCUGCUUACACCAGUGGCAGACUGAAAGUCCAGGGAGACAUUACAACUGCCAUGAAACUGGAGGAACUUAUAAAGCUACUUAAAAACAGAGCAUUUUAAAACGUGUAUAGGUAUUUAUAAAACCAUUCUUUGUAAAUGUUUUACAUACAGUUAGGUUGACAAAUAAAUAUAAAUAAAGGAAA